GAAAUAGAAACAGAAACAGGACGUGACGAAGGCGGAAAAAGUCAACAACAACACGACACCGACAUGGCUGCUGACAGUGAUCUUGAGUCAGAGGUGUUUGAGAUCACCGACUUCACCACCGCGUCAGAGUGGGAACGGUUUGUGUCCAGAGUGGAGGAGGUGCUGAAUGAAUGGAAGCUGAUCGGCCUCUCUGCAGGGAGUGUGAACCCAGAGAAGGGUGAAUACACCUCUGGCACCUGGGGGGAAAAGUGUCUGGAUAUCAACUUUGCUGACUUUAAGUUCUACAUUACUCAUUACUUCCUGAAACAAGAGUGUGAGAAGGACAAUGGGAAGGACAAGCUGGAGGAAGACUCCUUCCCCCUGGCCAUGCAGGACCUUCUGUGUAUGAACAACGACUUCCCCCCCCGAGCUCACUGCCUGGUCCGAUGGUACGGCAUCAGAGAGUUUGUGGUCAUCACUCCAGGAACUAACUGUGAGGCCAUCAUCAGUGAGUCCAAAUGCAACCUGCUGCACAGCUCCGUGUCCAUCGCUCUGGCCAACAGCGGCUGCCAGGUGCCCAUGUUCGUGCAGAUCCAGCAGAAGUGGAGGCGGGUGUAUGCUGGAGAGUGCCAGGGGCCGGGGGUGCGCACAGACUUUGAGAUGGUCCACCUUCGCAAAGUGCCGAGUCAGUACAACCACCUGUCAGGCCUGCUGGACAUCUUCAAGGCUAAGAUAGGUUGUAACCUGUCCCCUCUGCCUCCGAUCAACAUCGCUAUCCGCUUCACGUACAUCCUGCAGGACUGGCAGCAGCACGCCUGGCCUCAGCAGCCUCCAGACUUCGACACACUCCUGGGGGGUGAGGUGGGAGGGGUGGAGUUUGGGAAGCUUCCAUUUGGAGCCUGUGAGGAGCCAAUACGUGAGCUUCACCUUGCGACCACCUGGCCUCACCUGGCGGAGGGCAUAGUUGUGGAUAACGAUGUUUACAGUGACCUUGACCCUCUCCAAGCUCCUCAUUGGUCAGUCCGGGUCAGAACAGCUGACAAUCCUCAGUGUUUACUGGGUGACUUCCUGACAGAGUUCUUUAAGCUGUGCGGCAGAAAGGAGUCCACAGAAGAGGUUCUUGGGAGAGGAAUGCCUGAAGAGGAGGGCAAAGAGAACAGCGACAUUAGCUCAGCUUUAUCCAAGCUGACGGAGCCGGCCGCAGCCGUCCCCAUCUCCAAACUGUCCGUCUCCAACAUAGUGCACAGCGCCCGGAAACACAUCCGCCGCCACCGCCACACCGACGAGUCCCCGCUCAAAACUGAUGUGCUCAACUCCGUCCUCCUGUAUCUCUUCCCAGAUGCAGCUGUGGAGAAGUCCUCAGAGAGCAGCAGGAAUAGAACUGCCCCGACCAACACCAGUGGGACAGCAGAGCAGGAGAAAACUCCAGACUAUAACCUGUACCAGCAUCUGAAGUCCGCCCCCAGUGACAGCCUGACGUACCGGCUGGCUCUGUGUGUGUGUCUGGUGAACUACACCUAUGGGGGGCUGCGGGCGGUGGCCCACCUCUGGCAGGAGUUUGUUCUGGAGCUGAGAUACCGCUGGGAGAACAACUACCUGGUCUACGGACUGGCCGCUGGACCUCCUGAUCUUCGCUGUUGUCUUCUGCAUCAGAAGCUCCAGAUGCUGAACUGCUGCAUCGAGAGGAAGAGGGCCAGAGAUGAGGCCCGUAAGGUGCUGGAGGGAAACAGAGGGAGGGAGCGCAAGGUGUCUGGGGGGGGGCCCAGCGACCGCCCCACAGCAGAGGCUGCAGCCGGAUCAACCAGAGAGGUGUCUCCUGGGAAGUCCUGGGACUCGUGGAGCGACAGCGAGGACGAGUUCUUCGAGUGCCUGAGUGACCAGGGGGAGGGGGAGGCUCCUCACGCUGAGGGAGACAAGGAGGGCAGUAAGGUCAAAGCAGAGGGGAGGCUGCAUCCCCAAGGCAACAUGACUCUACUGAACUCUACAGAGCCGCUCUACAUUCCUGUCACUCAGGAGCCUGCCCCCAUGACGGAGGACCUGCUGGAGGAGCAGUCUGAGGUGCUGGCUAAGCUGGGCACCUCGGCUGAAGGGACUCACCUCAGGGCCCGCAUGCAGAGCGCCUGUCUGCUCUCUGACAUGGAGUCCUUUAAGGCAGCUAACCCGGGCUGUGCUCUGGACGACUUUGUGCGCUGGUACUCUCCUAGAGAUUACGUGGAGGAGGAGGUGGAGGAUGAGAAGGGGAACAUGGUUCUGAAAGGCAUGAUGAGUUCCAGGAUGAUGAUCCCAGGAAACAUGUGGGUGGAGGCCUGGGAGUCCGCCAGGGUGACCCCCGCCCGCCGCCAGAGGAGACUGUUCGACGACACCAAGGAGGCCGAGAAGGUUCUUCACUAUUUGGCGGUGCAGAAACCUGCUGACGUGACACAAAAUCUCCUGCCGUGCAUACUCCAUGCUGCUAUUCUGAAGUUGAAGGAAGAAGAGUCAGUGGAAGACAUCCCAUCAGUGAAAAAAAGCAUCCAGCAGGUGAUCAGUCAGGCCAGCAAGCUGCUGCACACCCUCAGCCACGACUACAAGAAGCUGGAGGACUUCAUUAACCAGCUGAUGGCUCUGGAGACAGCCAUCACUCAGGCUCGGUCUCUGAAGGCCAAGUUUGCCACCUGUGAGGGCGGGACGGCAGAGGACACAGAAGAGCUAGAGAAGUUUGUGAGCUCUCUCCUGGAGGAUCCGGAGGUGGUGGUGCUGGGGGCGGGGCAGGGACCGGCCGGCAGCAUCAUCCACAGGCUGUUCAUCAACUCUCAGAGGCUGGCUGACUUCACCAGUGACGAGGCUGCUCUCCUGUCCCCGAUGGAGGAUGAAUUUGGGCUGGAGAAGAAGCCGGGCGGAGGCAGCAACAAGGUGCCGGACUUCCCCCCCCCGGCAGGGCGGGAGAUCCUGCUGCGGACCUGCGUCCCCCGCCCGGCCCCUUACUCCAAAGCUCUGCCUCAGAGGCUCUUCUGCGUGCUGAUGAAGGAGGAGUUCAGGCUGGCGGGGGCCUUCUCCUCAGACACCACCUUCUUCUGAGGCGCCUCUGAAACCAUGUGCAGACCCCCUGCAGCCAGAGCAGGAGGAGCAGGGACGACGUUAACAGGAUUGACUUUCUCUGUUGCUUGUUUGUGGGGACCAUUCCUUGUUCAGUAAAUGUUUUAUUUAAGCAUGACAUGUUUGUGCUGGCUAGAGAGUAUAUCUCGCCAACACUCAUGAGCCUUAUCGAGAAAGAGUGAGAAUUAUUCUCCUUCUCAUAUUGGUGAAACAGUACACGUUCACCCAUGUAUUACAUCCCAACACAUCUCUUAUUUCAACUUUGGCAUUUCAAAACCCUUUACCAGAGCUUUAGACACGAGAUGUCUCUUGUAAAUGGGCAAAACUUCAAAAACAACAAUUGUCUUUAGGGGAGAUUUGAUGUUUAUGAAGGUUCUGAGAUGGUAUAUAACACGCGUUAUACUUCUGAGUAACAAGAUACAAAUGUCUACGUCAGUGUGUGCGCAGUAAGGCUUUAGCUGAUAAUACAUUGUGGCAUUUCCAGGUACAAGCAUUUGCUAAUACCUGUAAAUAAUGUGUUGGACAGAAUGCUAGGUAAUAAUAAAUAGGUGCACUCACACAUUAAUAUAUCCAACUCUGAAGUACUAUUACGUACUUAUUUUUAGAAAAUAAAGCUUUACUUAUCGCAGCCUCAAAAGUGAGCCUUUAUUCAAAUGAGAAAUGGUUGUAUUGUCAUCCAACCAAUGCUCUGUCAGUGUAUUAUUAAAGUAACAGUGAUGUCCUCUGUGUGUACACAGCUGUACUGUGUUGUUGGAACAAAGAGCGUCUCACCUAGAAAUAAACACUUGUUCUAUCUCAGUCGCUGACUGGCCGUGUGUAUGUACAGAGUUGGAGUUAGCAGAGUCUGGUCGGAGGAGGUCUUUUCUUUUGCAGCAUCCACAGCACUUGAUUGGCUGUUCAGAGCACCGUUCAAUAAAGGAGUCUCGUAGCUGUUUUUCUCUGA